AAUCUUAAAACCAAACUACAAGAAUAUCAUUGCAGUUUAUUGUUUCACUUGUGAAGAGCUGUAAAUCGUUUCACCUUGUAACUCAACAAAAAAGGACCCUAAAAAAUGACAAUCAUAACAUAGAAUUUUACGAGUUUCUCAUCAGAAUCAUUUUUUCGUAUAAUCACUUUGAAUUUUUUUAGUGUUGAGCCGAUCAAUUUUAUAAUAUUGCCAUUUAUUUAAUUCAAGCCACAAUGGAGGUUAAAGGAGACGCUUCAUCGCUCUUACUGCGGGCUUAUAAGAAUGGCAAGUGGAGUGAUGUAACCAUCAUGAACGGAGAUAAAAAAUAUCAAGUCCAUAAACUUAUUUUGUCGGAUGUGAUCCCUUAUUUUGAUAGAAUGUUUUCCUCCGGACUCUCAGAAUCAACAAGUCAGCUGAUCGAACUUGACCAUCCGCCACAUGUAUUUGAUCUUAUAAUCGAAUGGGCUUAUUGUUCAAAGAUAUUGAUAACAAAAGAAAAUGCUGUUGACCUGUUCCAUCUUGCUGAUUACAUGAACAUACCUAAAUUAACAGCUUUAUGUUUGGAGUUUUUGUGGAACGAAUCUUCUGAUUCUCCGUUUAUAGAUGUUGGCCACUGGAUUAAUCAAAUUGCCACGGAAGAAUUACUUAAAAGUAUUGAUAGAUAUAUUUGUUCAAACUUCUGGGACAUUGUUCAUACGGAUUCAUUUCUCGAUUAUGAUGUUGAUACUGUUGCUUAUAUGAUCAGUUUGGAUGACUUGGAUAUUGAUGAAAUAAAAGUGCUCGAUGCUAUCAUAAGAUGGAUAGAAAAGAGUGACGAGAGAAGGUCUCAUCUUCCAAAAUUGCUUAAGAAGGUUCACUGGGUUGACAUCAAUGGAUUUCAGUUCAUGAAGCGAAUCGAUAAAUUCUCUUGGAUUCUGAAGUGUGAUCAGGCGCGACAUGAAUUCAUGGCUGCAGUUGAGCUCAGUUAUUUCAAAUCAUUGAAAACCAUUCAAGUUAACGACUUUAAUUUUGGUCCUCGCUCUAAACCUGAAAGCUGUCACUAUGCUCUCUAUAGAAAAAAUGAUUCAUAUUUAGAAAUUCUUCAUUUUGAUAAAAAGUCUGCAUCCAUUUUUUCUGAUUUUUCUGAGAAUCUUUUUCUUUCUCCAGCUGAUUUUGGUGAUUCACAUAUAACUGAACAUUGCAUGGACUCUGAUGUGGUUAUCAGAAUCGACUGGAAUAAUAAAACUUAUCGGUUAUUCAAAGAUUCUGAUCGUUACUGCUACUGUCUUUUAUUUGGGCGCUUAUUUCGAUUUGACAAAAAAGACAAAAAAAUUCAUUUUUGGAAAGGAGAACGACUUAUUGAGUUUGUACGUUUAACCGAUGACAAUGCACCCAGUCACGAAACGUUAACUAAAUACAAAGGAGGGCUUUGUUUAUCGACCAUUGAAACCGCACUCAGAACAAACGCUCCAACAAGCGGUUCGAACAACCACCAAUAUUACGAAUUCAGUCAAAUUUCCAGCCAAAAUCACAGUGAAUACAAAUCGCGAUUGACAAUUAAGAAAUGUACUUUUCGCAAAAAUAAGUUCAAGGUUGUUGCGAGUCAUGAAAUUGUUACAAAAGAACCCAUAAAAAUGCUUAAAAGUACAAUCUUUCAUGACUUGUUGGUAAUAUUUGUAGACUGUACAUUGAUCGUUACAUAUGAUUUUAACAAAAACACCUUUAGAGUGUAUAAAAACAGCCCAACGGAACACAUGUGCUGUUUAUAUUUUCACUCAACUGGUUCAGAAUUGUGGAUUUUCUAUAAUGAAUCGGAAUCAGGCUACGAUAAAACAAUUAUAAAAGUUUUUCGUGUCGAAGAUGGGAAACUGAUUCCUGUGCCCGUUUCACACAAUCCGCUUGGCUUUAAGGUAACUGGUUUUAAGAUGAUUGGUUUAAUUUCACUUGAAGCGAAACACUAAUAUGCAUGUAAAUGUUACAAUGCUGACAUCUCAAUGGUAUUAUGAAUUUCUAUAUUUAUCUAUUGAUACUAUGAAAACGGUAAUUUUGAGCAUAACAUUGAAUUUCAUUUUAUGUACAAAGGAAUAGAACGUUGGAAUAAAAUUAAAUUGAUAGACGCACCUUUGAUCAAUUUUUACAAUACAAAGAAAUAUAUUUGUUACAAAAUUUAAUAUUUAACUUCAAAUGCUCAGAGAAGAUUUUGAUCCAGUUUUGCCAAAAACAAUGCCAAGAAGAGUGUUGACUACUCAUUGAUCCUUUCAUUUGAUUUUCAAAAAAUAUCUUUAAUGAUUUUGAGCAUACAUUUCGUUUGAUCUAAACAAUAGUUUUUCAUUGGGUUGGAGGUGAUCGACCAUUCAGGCUGACCAUGAAACGCCAUACUAUUAAUAGAUAAAUAUAAUAUUAUAUAAAAAUAGUUAAUUUGAGAAUUUAUUGUAGAUGCAGGUCGAUUGGAUGUAGAAUGAAGUAAAAGGAGGAUAGCCAAAAUGUUGAAUUUUCGGCCCAUAAUUCAUAUGAUUUCGAACCAUAUAUCAAUCGAAAGCUUAUGACGAGUAGAGUAUACCUCCCUAAAAAUCAGGUCGAAAAUCGAAUCCCCGGGGGAGUUAUUCAUCAACUCCCUUGGGACCCCAUAAGGACCGUAUUAGACCUAAUUUUUUAGAUAGAACUUUUUAUGCUGAAUUCAAUGAUGCUAAGUAAAAUGCUCUAAACCUGCGAUAUUUUGAGAUAACACACUUUGAAACUUUUUUUCUAUGGAUAAAUACAUUCAAAGCCGUGGCGUUUCUUUCUGACCCUCUGAGGAUCAAAUCAAACCUAGUACAUAUUGUUCACCACCCUUGGAACUAUCAUGAAACCCAUAAAAAAAUUCCUAAACCUGCGAUAUUUUAUUUGCCAUUCACUUUUUUAUUUUUGUCUAUGGGAAAAUACAUUCAAAGCCGUGGCGUUUCUUUCUGACCCUCUGAGGAUCAAAUCAAACCUAGUACAUAUUGUUCACCACCCUUGAAACUAUCAUGAAACCCAUAAAAAAUAUUCCUAAACACAAAGGAGGGCUUUGUUUAUCGACCAUUACGACCUCACUUCAAACAAUCGCUCCAACAAGCUGUUCGAACAAUCACCAUUACUACAAAUAUUACGAAUACACGCAAAUUUACAGCCAAAAUAAAGUGGAACACAAAUCGUAUUUGAUAGUUACGAAAAGUAAUCUACCCGGAAAUAGGUUCGAUUUUGUUGCAAGUCAUGAAUUCGUUACAAAAGAACCCAUAAAGAUGCUGAAAAGUACAACCUUUCAUAACCUGUUGUUAAUAUUUGUUGACUGCUCAUUGAUCCUUUCAUACGAUUUUCAGAAAAAUAUCUUUAAAGAGCAUAACAAUAACUUGAAUGGUCGUAGUCUGUGCUUUUUACAUUAUCACCAUUUCGGUCCAAGAUUGUUGAUUUUUAAUAAUGAUGGACAUACAAGAAGACAAGUCCUUCAUGUAGAUGGCGGAAAACUGUCUUGUUUGCCCUAUUCCGUGGAUUUAUAUCCAAAUAUUGUACUUGAUUCGAAUCUAAUUGGUUUUGUUUCUCUUGAAGCGAAACACCAAUGUGAUAUGCAUGAAAAUGAAUUGCAAAUACAGAUAAUUCAGAAGAUUGAAUCUUCUCAAAUAGCGACAUCUCAAUGAUAUUAUGAAUACUGUGAUUAUCUAUUAAUAUUAUUAAAACCGGUAA